AUGGCGAGUCAUGCUAGCACCGCCGAGCACCGGCGCUCGGUGAUGAUACCACAGAUCGAGACGGACGAUGGCGUUCCUGCUGAUAUUGACGAUGCGCCGCACCGCGCGAUCCUCGAUGAGGACGGCGACCAGCCCGUGCGCCAUCUGUACAUCGAUUGGCCCGGCGCCUCAAUCAAAGGCACGUAUACGAUCGGGGCGAGCGUGCCGGACGUCUCCCCACCCCUGUACGACAUGCCUCUGCGCGAGGUGGUGCAGGACAAUGCGGCCUCGGCCGUUUUCCACUCGCGCACGAGCCCGAUCCAGGUCACGGUGAACGUGGUGCACGGCCACGGCGGCCACUCGCCGUACACGCCGCAGACGCCGCACAUGCGCGAAACGCCGCAAGUGUCGCCCGCGCUGCUCUCGGAUAGCAUGCGCAAAAACACCGUGUUUGUGAGUGCGAAGAGCGUGCGCAACUCGGUCACGGUGCAUGUGCCGCAGUACGUCGGCCGGCGGCCGCUGCAUAUCCGGUGCCAGUCCACCACAGGGAACGUGACGGUGGUGCUGCCCCACUCGUUCAACGGCAUGCUCUCGUGGCGCGUCGAAACUGGCACGUUUCAAAUGUCGCCCGGCGUCACGUCGCACGCCAAGCGCGUGGAUGCGGGCACGAACAAGCGCCAAGGCACCGCCAAGAUGGUCGUCGACCCCGACCUGCCUGCCUGA